AUGUGGGGAGCUAGGAAAGUUACCAAUGACCCAUCAAGGUUUGAGGGCGAGGGCAUCAGUUUCCGGGCCAAGUUAAUCGGCAUCGAAGAUGUCAAAGAGUCACGGGGAGACCAGAUGUGCCAGGAAGCUAUAACAAAGUUGAAAACUGCAAUCCGGAUUGCUGGUGCUCACAAACGCAAAAUAAUCAUUAAUAUCAAUCUUCAAGGAAUUAAAAUUACUGAUGCAGUCUCUUUGGUAGUGCUACAUUCCCAUGCUGUCCCUCAGAUCUCAUUCAUUUCUCGUGACCCAACUGAUAGCCGAGCAUUUGGUUACAUCUGUGAAACAGAAGACGGCUUGCACAAAUUCUUUGCUAUUAAAACAGCCACAGCGGCUGAACAAGUGGUUCUUGCUCUCAAAGAUUUGUUUCAAGCUGUGCUAGAGGCCAAGAAGAAGGGGACGGAGCCUACCAAAGACAACAUCGACACAGGGGAGACAAAUGCUAGUGGGCAACAGGAAAAUCAACAAACCUCCGAGAAUGGCCAGGCUUCCCCUGGUUCUCCGGCUGCUGAUGCACAACAAGUGGAUCAGGCGGUUGCUGCCAGUGCUGAUUCAACAAGUCCAGCAGUGAACACUCAGUCUGUGGCAAACUUGUUUGAUUUUGAAGACCAGUCUGGCAGUGUUGUUCAGGGAAGUCAGAAGACAAGAAGUCUUGAGCUGGAGUUUCUAACUGAUGAGGUGCCUCCAUCAACAUCCUCAUCGGCAACCUCUCCACUGAAGUCAGUAACCCCCUCGGCAACUGUUGCCGCAACCAGUACUGACCCCUGGGGACUUGCUGCGGUGGAAACCUCAGCCGGUAAAGCACCACCUACAAACACUUCGGCUCUGGAUGACUUGGCUGGAAUUCAGACCAGCUUCUCUUCCAGUUUCUCUUUGCAGCCUGGGUUUGGUACUUCAGCCAGUUUUAACCCAGCUUUAUCAGCAGCUAAGGACCCAUUUGGCAAUGCUACUUUUAGUCCCUUUGCUAACCAGCCACCCAAUCCUGGAGUGCCAGGUUCUCAGCAACAAUCAUUUCCUGCUGGUUUUACCCUCACAAAUCCUUUUGGAUCAGAAUUUCACCAGCCUUUUGGGAUGCAAGGAGUUCCUCCCCGACCGGGUUCCGUGGAAGCCUACAACAUGUUCCCAGGGGUCAUCCCCCAUGGGGUCACAACUCCACUAGCCAUGGGAGGUGGUCAUAAUCCAUUUGCUGCCCAACAGAAUUCAGGUCUUCAGUCCGGGAACCCAUUCGGAGAUAGUGGCCCUAAUAAAAAAGAUUCUGCGGCAGAUUCAAGCGUGGUAAGUCCUGACGUGCUCAAUGCCAGGGCCAAGUCUCCUCAUGAUGAUUUUUUCAGUGAUCUGCUGGAUAUUAAAAAGUCCAGUCCUGCCAGAGCUAAGUCCCCAAGAGACAUGUUUGCUCAGAAUGCUUCAGCAGACAAGAAGUCCCUGAAUGAUUUGGUAGGAGCAUCUCCUAGAGCCUCACCUGUGCCAGCUGCAUUGCUCAAACCUGGGACAUCACCUCGAGCCUCACCUGUGCCACCUGCAUUGCUCAAACCUGGGACCUCUCCUAGAGGCUCACCCGUUCCAAUGGUUCCGAAUAUCUCAGCCUCAGCCCUCCUGCUAGCUCAGAAUGCACCGUUGCUGUCUCCUCAAGCUUCAUCAGUACCAGUCCUGCAGGACGCUCCUACACAGGAUUCACUUUUUGAUGAUUUCUUUGGCAGUCCAACAGAACAUCAGGUUGCUGAGAAGUCACUGUUCGGCUAA